UCCGAGGCGCCCAUUGCCGAUCGCCAGAGAUCAGUAGUUGAUUGCCAGCCACUGGGGACGCAGCUCGCCACGACUCGAGAAUCAACCGGAGUGGAAAACCAGCAGUGCGAAACGAGAGAUCAGGAAAGCCUGGCAAAUGCUCCUGCUCAUCGCCCUUUCCCUGGUCCUGGCCCCGGGGGCUCAGGCCCAGCAAACUGGCAAAGCCAUCAUGCACUUCGGCAACUGCCACUCGGUGGAGUUCGGCCGGGGCACCUGCAUCGAGAGGAGGGACUGCGACUUCUACGCCGUGGAUAAACUCAUGGACUUGGCCAGCAGGCAGCAGUGCUUCUCCCGCCAGCGACCCGACCUGGUGUGUUGUCCCCGAGAGACGAACAUCAUACCGCCCUUCGCUCCCAGGAUCGGCAACAUGUCGAGCAACGGCAACGCCCCGGUGGCGAACUCCACCAGGAGCGGCAGCACGACGCCCCUGAAGCUGCUGGCCAGGACAACGCCACGCCCGCCCACGGGGAUCGACCAGCUGCCCCAGCACCCGUACUGCGGCUCCGCCUUCUCGUUCCGCGUGGUCGGCGGCGAGAACACCGGGCUCUACGAGUUCCCGUGGACCACGCUGCUGGAGUACGAGCUGGCCGACGGCAGCAAGGACUACGCCUGCGGGGCAUCCUUCAUCGCCCAGCGGUGGCUGGUCACCGCCGCUCACUGCAUCCAGCCGUUCGGCAGGAACCUCACGGCCGCCGUGCUGGGGGAAUGGGAUCGGGACACGGAUCCGGACUGCGUGACCCUGAUCGGGGUGCGGGAGUGCGCCCCGCCCCACAUCCGGGUGACCAUCGACCGGGUCCUGCCGCACUCGCAGUACUCGAACCGCACCUUCGGCAACGACAUAGCCCUGCUGCGACUGUCCCGCCCGGUCAACUGGCUGCAGAUGCCCUAUCUGGAGCCCGUCUGCCUGCCGCCGCUGAGGGGCAGGAACGCCAACCAGCUGGCCGGCUCCGCCGCCGACGUCUCCGGCUGGGGCAGAACGGAGACCAGUGGGAGCAGCCGCGUCAAGCGGAAGGCCAUGCUGACCAUCCAGGCGCAGGACCAGUGCCAGGAGGCCUUCUCCAAGGACUCCGGCAUCGUCCUGACCGAGGGCCAGAUGUGCGCCGGCGGCGAGAUCGGCGUCGACUCCUGCAGCGGCGACUCCGGCGGACCGCUCACCGUGGAGGGCAACACGCCGCAGGGCGACCGCUACGUCUACCUGGCCGGCGUCGUCUCCAUCGGGCGGGACCACUGCGGCAAGACGCUCUUCUCGGGCGUCUACACCCGGGUCAGCAGCUACAUGGACUGGAUCGAGAACACCAUCCGCGCGAAUCGCGUUUAGCCGGCGUCCGGUCCCUGGUCAAUCAAAGCAAAGUCUGUUCCGACCUUCGAAGACAUUAAAAAGAUUUUUGUAUGCUAUA